UGCCUGUUAAUCCUCCCAGGCAGGAAUGUAAAGGGUGGUGGUGGAAGAAGUAUUUGGAUCUUUUACUUACUCAGGAGAAAUGUGUUAGCAGCGCAUGGAGCGGCCGUUACCGGGCUCUGUUUGUUGGAUAACUGCAGCGGAAUAAUGCCGCGCCGAGUCGACAAGACAUAGGUCAGGGGUGGUGGAAGAGGACGGUCAUGCGGUGUAGGAGGAACCAGAGGCACGGACAUCGGAAUGCCUCAGGCUGUCUCACUGCUGCCCUUUCUGCUGGCGCUCAUGGGAUACGCUUUUGCAGGGCUCAAUAUCUGGCCCUCCUUCCACGUUGCCCUAAGCAACGCCAGUGUAUUUGUGGACUACAGCACAAAAUCCAACAGCAGUGCUGUCCGCAGCACCAGCCUCUCUCUAGUCAACACGGAAACCAACACCACCCUCCUGACCAGGACUCUUCCCGACGACCAAUCGACCGGUAGGGUGGAGUUCAACUGCUCUUGCUUCCUGUAUGCAGGAACUUUCCGGUUCCUGCUGAGGCAGACCAGCAUCUCUGCUGCACCUCGUGCUAAUGGCACAGAGGACAGCAGCGUGGAGAGCACUGCCUGGUGGUGGAGUUCGGAACUGCAGGUGCAGUGGCCCACCUUUCACAUCGCUGUGGAGAGGGCCGGAAACCACUCAGGAUCUUUUCAGGUUGGGAUAUCCACCAAUGAACAUUUUCAGGCUUGCUCCAGCGGCAUUGAGUCUGCUCUCUUCCUAGAGGUCAGCUACAUGGAGUACAACCAAAUAGGGCGAAACAGCAUCGACAAGGUCCGAGCCCGCACGCGACACCCGAUCAAACCCCUCCGCUCCCAGAAUAUCGAGCUGGCCUGCGCCUUCCCUUUCACAGAAAGAGACUUCAUACGAGUGGCCCUGCGGUCUCCUCAUGCAGCACAGGAUGUGAAGAGCUCUGGAGCUCUCUACCUGUCUCGUAUCUUCUCCUACAAGCUGCUGGUGGAAAAUGGCAACGCUUACAGGAGUGGUUGUGAAGGGACCAUGACUGUCAGACUGAUAACUCCACCUUGUGCUCACAUCAAUGGGAAAGUGUUGCUGUAUAAGGAAGCAGGUGUUGGAAGAGGGGUUGCCGUUUCCUCUGGGAUGGGAGCAGGUGGAACAGCGCUGCUGGGGUUCGGACCAGAGGAGCCCUCUUCUCCUCCCUUGGCCUUUAACUGGCUGACUCAGGGAGAGAAUGAGACAGAAUUCAACUGCUCUGUGUUUUACCCGGGAAGGAAUAAGUACUGCUUUCGCUUUGUUUUCAACUUCAGUCGCUCGCCGAGUCCUGCACAGACCUGUUUGGUGGUUCACAGGAGCACAGAGUCAUGGGGCCCGUGGCAGCCGUGGAGCUUGUGCAGUGUGAGCUGUGGAGAGGGGGUGAGGGAAAGAGUGCGUGAGUGUUUGCUGCCCUCAGGUGUGGGAGGGAUGCAGUGCACUGGCAUGGUGAAGGAACAGUCCAUGUGCUCUCUGGAGGACUGUGUCGUGCUGCCUGCACCUUCUCCAUCCCUCCCCCCUGCACCUGUCGGAGUUGCACCCCUAGGUGGUAACAUGGUCGUGGUGGUUGGUAUCUCCCUUUGCCUGGCUGUGAUUCUGGCCACCGUUGUGGUGACUGUGUGGAGGAAGCUUUGCCAGACCCCGCAGUGCAGCUCUGUCCGCAGAGGGUCCAUGCAUUCCCCUGGAGGACGCAAGCUCUCCGACGAGGCCUCCAUUUGUGGUCACAGCCUCCAGAGACCCAGCCUGUCCGACGGCCAUGGCCCACUUGGGGGUGUAGCCCAGAAAGACACUCCUGUCCUUGGCAGUCAACCUCUCCCCCAUACCCUAGUGAUACCUGUCUCACAGGACCCAGAGAGGCUGUCCCCCACAGGUCAGAAGAUGUUACCAACAAUAUUUGGGUACCGGCUGGCUCAGCAGCAGCUGAAAGAGAUGAAAAAGAAGGGGUUGAAGGAGGCCACACAGCUGUACCACGUCUCUUCAAGCCCAGUCCACGACACCUUGUUGGAAACAUCUGCUUCACCUACCACCUCCCCCAUCCCUACACCAACUGGAUUCGCUCAUCCCGUACUCCCUUUGGGCCUCCAGGACGACGCCGACCACAACCAUUUUCGUAUUGCAGCUCCCUUUUCUGAGCCCCCGGCGCAGAGUUCUGGGGUCACGUCAGACAGACUGAGUCCCAGAGUGGAGCUGGUCUUAGGUCCUCAUGCCUCUGCUCAUGCGAGUGGUGGCAGCUCAAAAUGGAGUGACCGCACCGCGGACUGGGUGGAGAUGGUGGAGAGGAGCGGGCUAGCAGGCUUCAGAGGAGGAGGAGAUGCAGGGAUGGGAAACUCCUGCCAUAAGAAUCCAAAUUUCCGCCGGACCUCCAGUUUUAAUGACACCAAACCCCAGCCUCCACCCUCUGCACAUUCUAGACAUUUCAGAGAAAGGAGCAUGACCCAGGUGGGAUCUCGGACCCUUCCUGAAGGCAGCUGUUGGACCAAAGGAGGAUGGGAGAGGCAGCCAUACCGCUCCUACCCCAUUCCAGAGCAUGGGGCCUCAGACUGGACUAAAUCCAGACCUCAGAGAAGUGACCAGAGGAGGCCCUGGAUGAAGACAGCUGUUUCUUCUCACAACAGUGAACUUAAGCACACAGGGACCAGCACAGACAGCAUUUCAGCAUAUGGAAAACACGCUAAGGCAGACCUCAGUGGCAACGUGGAAAGGAAAAGGAGCGGUGAGACAGGAGUUGGAGCGGGAAUCUCAGGAAUUGGGGGUCCAUCCACGGGGCCCAUCAGCCUGAGUGUGGAUCGAGCAGAGCGGGCAGAGCAGAACUGGAACCGUCGUGGCCCAUCGCCGAUCCAGAGGAACAUCUUGGCCCGGAAGUUAAAGGAGGCUCAGUCCUGCUCUGGGUUCAAGGGGCGGCAGCGCAGCUCCACCUUUAGCGUUUCAUCCUCGGAGCAGAGGAAAGGUCGCUGCCGCUCUCUGCCGAUGUCUGGAGACUACGGCAGCAGCGGCAGCUCGCCUUACAGGUUGAGUGAGGCAGAGCAGAGGAUGUUGGACCUAGAUCUGUCCUCAGCGUAUACAGGGGAGGAGGAGUAGACCACACAGAUUUGUAGUACUACACCAGGAAGGACUUGCCAUUUCUUUCAAACCUAAAAACCUCUCUGCUACAUCUGUGACUUCAACCUAAACACAAACACACAUAUCAAUGAAGAUUAUAUUGUAUGUUGGAUAUUUAAGAAGUUUGAGAGAGUGAAUUACAUUACAUUUGUUCACUGUAAUUGUGUUAAUUUUUCACAUUUUGAUAGGCAUUAUGUUUGAACAUAUUUUUGAUUCACUCAGAGUUUGACUGUUCUGUUUGUAGGUUUCACUGUAUGUCAGCUGCUGGUACAGUAUUUACCAUAAUCAAGCCCGUUGACAGGGGGGGGGGCAACCGGGUAUGUUGUCCCGGGCCUCAGGACCAUAGGGGCCCCUGAAUGACCCUUAAUUUAUUUUAAGGGGUGCUUGGGGGGCCCUAUGAUGGUCUCUUGUCCCAGGGCCCCAGCAAGUCUGUUGACAGCCCUGACCAUAAUAAGUCAUAUGUCUAUAUGCACUGUUUAACACAAACCCUAUCAAUGACAGUAUAUACAAUACACUACAGAAGACGGGUUAGUCUUAUUGUUCUACACUGCCGAAUGUGCUGCUUUUAUCAUGCUGUGAAGGCCCAUUGUACAAUACUGUGGUGUAGUGAGACCCUCUCUCACUAUGAUUUAAUUCAUUGUUCUAAUUUGCAUGUAUAAUAUAAGCAAUGCCAAGCAUUUUUCUUGUAUUUUCUGCACAGAGCAGUAGUACGCAGUAGUACGCAGUUGUUGCAACUAGGACAGUCAAACAUGAACACCAGUGAGGCAUUGUGGCUGAGAUGCUGUUUGUUUUUAUUUUUUGAGUAAGAUGAUACACUUUAUAGAAAGGAUGCUUACUUUGAGAACAGAAGAUACUGUGCUAUUGCAAGUUGAUAAUAGUUUCAACUGAUGACGCAAAGGGAGAAAUUAAAAUACGAAGAGUGUAAACAUGCCUUUGCCCUCAUUCACCCAGCCUGGUUUUUACAUUUCCCCCGCUCCACUGCCCAUGGUGUCCAAGAAAACCAAAGGCCGCACCUUCAUGGUGGUGUGUCUAAGGGAAUACCACAGGCCUUUCCAGGUCCCCCACACCACACCGUUGUCAUACUGGCCCUUGUACUUCCCUGUGCGGUAGAACUUCCCAUUUAAGUUGGCUGCAUGACACCUGCAGACAGUACAAAUUGAAGUGAUUCAACCUCCAUCUAUUUUUAAAGGUCCUGCAUUUUCUGUGGUCCACAAGUUUUUUUAAACGAUAACAUAAUAUAUGAGAAAGAACUGUGGUAUGGUAAUGAUAAUACACACUUAUUUGAAAGGUCUCACCUGUUGAACCACCAUCCUGCCUUAUUCUCCUGAGCACAGCUGCCCUGAAUGUAGCGAUCAUUGUCCUGUCAAAGCAUCACCAUCGUCAGUGUUACCACUGUCAAAAUGCCACCUUAGAUUGGUAUAAAGGGAUAUAUUACUCACCUGAUCUCUGGUGCUGAACUGCAUACCGCUGAGGCAGGCGGACCAGUGCUCCACCACCCCCCCACCACCAGUCAGAGCGUCCCCAGCUUGCCCACUAUACAGCUCAUACUGGAGGCGAUACUUGUCCUGGAAUAGAUAUUAAUGCAAUCCUAUAUUAAUAAUGUUUUUUUUUUGGAAUCGCAGUUACUUUUGAGAACUGUAAAACUGAUCUUACAGCCUCAUCUGUGAUCCUGAAGUUCUCAUAAAAUGCGUAAUUUCUCUUUCCAUCCCAGUCCAUUAGAUCUAUCUUCACCAGGUUCUGACCUUCAGGGCAAAGACGUGUAUGCAUGAGAAAAAAGCAGCCAACCAGGGAGAACAUUUAGACCCUGUAAGCCUAUCAAAAAAAUAAAACACCACUUGUAAAAAAUGAGAUGCAAAUUAGUGAUUCUGGGAUUUUAAUGAUAUCCUACCUUCUGAGAGUAGAGAAUAAAUGUGCUCAUUCCCCAACCAAAACUCAUCAUUCCACAGUUUCAAGUCACCAAAGCCAUCUCUGUAGUCCACCCAGUCUCUGAAAUGAGAAUUGGGUAGAUAUUUAGGCUUUGCAAGGUUUUGGAGACUGGGUAUUUUCACAUAUGCUAUACAUGGCUACUGCCUCUGAUUAAAUACCUGUUGAAAUCAACUUUUCCGUGCCGACGUUUCUGAAACACUGUCCAUCCUCCUCCAUCUUUCAUGUCACAGUAGACCAAAAAAGGCUCCUGGUGUGAUUUGGGUCUGAUGCGGUAAAAACCGCUUGGUGGUCUCAGUCUGUCAAACAGCUCAGAGCAGUCUGGGAAGAAAUGAAAAAUCUUUACAGAUUGCUGAUUAUCACCCUCACCAUUACUUAAUUCACGUUAAAUGACGUGCAAAUCUCAGUGAAUAUGAAUAUUAAUUAAUUCCCAGAAUCCUUUCAUGCACCGCAGGCUCCAAACCAAAAUGUUACUAUAAAUAAACACUCAAACACUUAUAUGAUAUGAUGUGAGCUAUUCUUACCUUUGUCGUGGACAAUUAAACUGCCUGCUGGUGGAAGUGGUUUCAUCAGUGUCAUAUCAGAGCUGUCUAAUGUUCCACUGCUGUUGUGGUUUACAGCGGGGCCUGCGUCAGUUUCAGGUUUAGUAUUAGGUGCAGCGGAUUGAAAUGGCUUGAAGUAUUUGUGCAUCUGCAAGUGCUCCACCUGCCAAGUCCCAAUCAAGAGCUUAUUCUCCAGUUUCCUGAUGCUG